UUUACAUAUAAAAGACAAAGACUGUGUGGCUCUGGAGGUGCGGUACCACAAAAGCUGUUACAGUCAGUACACCAUGUUUUUGCUGAGACCUGACAAACCAGAGACAGAACAGGAUGAGGCAAUGUUUGAUGCCAGUUACAAGCUGUUCUGUGAGAGGAUCAUCCGCCAGAGGCUGCUUGUCAACAAUGAGGUGCUUAGAAUGGGCCAGCUGAGGCAGGCCUUCAUUGACAUGGUGAAAGCAAACGAAGGUGUUGAUGCUUCAAACUACAGACAGGAUCUGUUGAAGAAGAGGCUGGCUCAAGAUUUCCCUCAGCUAGCGUUUCACAUGCCCACCAAGCGCAACGUCUGCGAACUGGUUUUUGCUGAGACUCUGUCAAAGGAUGCACUCGUGGACAUGCUACCAGAUCCAUCCGGUACGGAAACAACACAGUCCAGUGAAUUGAGCCAGACAGACAGCGACAAUGAAACAGGGAGAACAAAGUGCCAAACAACACAUGAGGACACAAGGACACUGUAUACAGCAGCGUUGUUUUUGAAAAGACUGCUUAGUGACACUCCUGGCAUGUCAUGCCCAUGGCCUCCCACUUCUGAAAAUGUAAAUGUCACUGAAUCUCAAACUGUUGUCCCCAUUGGACUAUACAAUCUGCUCAGCUGGAUUAUAGGUUCCACUGAGGAGCCAACACUGGAUCAUUAUGUCAACAUUGAUGAUGACGUACAUUUGAAAGUGUUGUCUGUUUGUCAAGACAUUGUGUACCUUGCUUCCAAGGGCCGCAAGCAGACACCCAAGUCCUUGGCUUUAGGUUUAACUGUUCGACAUUUAACUGGAUCAUCACGCAUUGUAUCACUGCUUAACAGACUGGGACAUUGUGCAUCAUGGGACACAGUUUUGAGUCUAGACACUAGCCUUGCCCAACUGACACUAGUAGAAGGCAGAGACAAAAUACCGAAGGGAUUCUCAAAGCGGACACCCACAACACUUGUGUGGGAUAACAUUGACUUUGGUGAGGAGACACUAUCGGGUCGUGGAACUACUCACCAUACAAAUGGAAUUAUGCUCCAGAGUGUGCCCGGCGAGCCUAUGUCCACAGCAAUCAGACAGCCACUGAGAAAGGGAGUUACCUCAUUCAUAGCCCCCCCCCCCAAUGCCUAUACAACCUUACCAUCAGUCCAAAAGGCAAGGGCCACAGAACUUGUGUCAACCAGUGCAGUCAGCGACAUGCAGAAUGGACACCCACUUUGCUGUACAAGCUGAAAUGGCAUAUGCUUUUGUGAAGUCCACAUGUACGGAUAGUUGUACAAUCCCA